UUCUAAGCAUAAAAAUGGCUUGUACAAUACCGUGUUUUGUUCUGAAUUUUGGUGCAGUUCAUUCUCAAUUCUCAUCCAACUGGUUAUUCAUGAAUUAUUUAUACUGGUAUUAUAUUUUUUAGUUUCUGACCGAUAGAAGCAUAGGCUCUUAUCAUACCUACCUGACUAAUAAACUUUUAUUAACAAAUAAUUUGUAUAAAAAUCAACAUGACCACUAGAAUUGCUUCUCAUGCUGGAAGUUGGUAUGUCAAUUCUAGAGAAGAUCUUGAUCGACAGCUGGUUGGAUGGCUAAAUAAUGCCCAAAAAGUGGGAAAUCAAAUUCGUGCAAUUAUUUCACCUCAUGCUGGAUAUUCUUAUUGUGGUUCCUCUGCAGCACAUGCUUACAGACAAAUUGAACAUGAAAAUAUAAAACGAAUAUUCAUUCUAGGACCAUCGCAUCAUGUUUAUCUUCCUGGAUGCGCUUUAUCCUCUGUACAAAAGUAUGAAACACCUUUGUAUUCUUUGACAAUAGAUCAAGCAAUAUAUGCAGAAUUGAAACAAACUAACAAAUUCACCUCGAUGACAAAGCAAGUCGAUGAAGAUGAGCACAGUAUUGAAAUGCAACUUCCUUAUAUUGCAAAAGUUAUGGAAAAAUCCAAAGAUAAAUUCACAAUUGUGCCUGUGCUAGUUGGAGGUCUUGAUAGAGACGCCGAGAAGCUAUAUGGCGAGAUCUUCAGCAGUUAUUUGGCCGAUCCACAAAAUUUAUUUGUGAUCUCUUCUGACUUUUGUCACUGGGGUCAACGCUUCAAAUACACAUACUUUGAUGAAAAAUAUGGAGAAAUAUACAAGUCUAUUGAACAUUUGGAUAAAAUGGGAAUGAAAUUCAUUGAGGAGCUGGAUGCAACGAAAUUCCAUAAAUAUCUUAAGCAAUACGGUAAUACAAUAUGUGGACGUCAUCCAAUUGGUGUAUUGCUCAAUGCAGUCGAAGCGUUGCAAAAUCAAUCACAACCAAAAUUCACAUUUAAAUUUCUCGAUUAUAAACAAUCUAGCAAAUGUAAGCACCAGAGAGACAGCUCAGUAAGUUAUGCUGCUGGGGUGUUGGAAAAUGUAUGAAUUCUGCUUGUGGACAUGCUGUCCGGCAAAAUGUCAUCUAUUUGUUCUGCUAUGAUUUAUGCAUUGCAUGUAGCACGCCCUAUUAUUAGUAAAGCUUGGAUAACGUAAUGAAAUUUAAUUUUAUCAUUGACAGACCAGCUCAGUUUUAAUUUCACUUGUGAUGUAUAUGUGUAAUGUUCGAUGUUGUGCUUUGUAUCCCUUUUUGUAAUAAUAUUAUGUACUUGGUAUGAAA